AAAUGUGCCUUAACCAUUUUUUUGUUAAAUCGUCUGCUCAAGCAACAAAAUAUAGUUUUGAAACGAGGAGAAAAAUCUCAGUCUGAAGUAGGAGGACGACAACGUCAGGCCAGGAGCGCGGCAGCUGACGUCAAAGAUGCCAGGCGAACAGCGUGGACAGCCCCGCAGCGCUGACGCCGUUAUGGCCUCCUUGGCGGCGAGGACCCCUAGCCGAGGCGCCAUUUUAGAGUUCCUUCAGAGGGCUCCCACCGGACGGGUGACCGAUCGACCGACCGACCCGCCGCCGUUCCUUCCUCUUCCUCCCCGGCCGCCGUUUCGCCUCCUCCCCGUCGCCAUGAGCGUGGUGGAUCACGUGCGGGAGAUGGCGGCCGCCGGGCUCCACUCCAACGUGCGGCUCCUCAGCGGGCUUCUGCUGACCAUGAGCGGCAACAACCCGGAGCUGUUUUCUCCAUCGCAGAAGUAUCAGCUCCUGGUGUAUCACGCCGAUUCCCUCUUCCACGACAAGGAGUAUAGAAAUGCCGUUAGUAAGUAUACCAUGGCUUUGCAGCAGAAGAAAGCGUUGAGUAAAACGUCCAAAGUGAGGCCUUCUACCGGGAAUGCUGCGUCGACUCCUCCGAGUCAGUGCCUGCCGUCCGAAAUCGAGGUGAAAUACAAAAUGGCGGAGUGCUAUACCAUGUUGAAGCAAGACAAAGACGCUAUCGCUAUACUUGAUGGAAUCCCAUCAAGGCAGAGAACCCCCAAGAUUAACAUGAUGCUGGCCAAUUUGUACAAGAAGGCAGGUCAAGAGCGGUCCUCCGUCACGAGCUACAAAGAGGUGCUGAGGCAGUGUCCAUUAGCCCUGGAUGCCAUCCUAGGUUUGCUGUCGCUCUCUGUAAAAGGCGCGGAAGUUGCCUCCAUGACAAUGAAUGUGAUUCAGAGCAUCCCAAACCUGGACUGGCUUUCCGUGUGGAUCAAAGCAUAUGCGUUUGUGCACACUGGAGACAACACCAGAGCGAUCAACACCAUCUGCUCGCUGGAGAAGAAGUCACUGCUGAGGGAUAACGUUGAUAUAUUGGGGAGUCUAGCAGACCUUUAUUUCAGAGCCGGCGACAACAAGAACGCAAUUCUGAAAUUCGAACAGGCUCAAAUGCUGGAUCCGUAUCUAAUAAAGGGAAUGGAUGUCUAUGGUUAUCUGUUAGCUCGUGAAGGUCGCCUGGAAGACGUGGAGAAUCUGGGCUGCCGCCUCUUCAAUAUUUCUGACCAGCAUGCAGAGCCUUGGGUGGUCUCAGGGUGCCACAGUUUCUACAGCAAACGCUACUCCCGAGCCUUGUACUUAGGAGCCAAAGCCAUCCAGCUGAACAGCAACAGCGUGCAGGCACUGCUGCUGAAAGGCGCCGCUCUACGGAACAUGGGGAGAGUGCAGGAGGCGAUCAUACACUUCCGCGAAGCUAUCCGGCUCGCCCCUUGCAGAUUGGACUGCUAUGAAGGCCUCAUAGAGUGCUACUUGGCAUCCAACGGUCUCCGCGAAGCUACCGUCAUGGCCAAUAACGUCUACAAAACCCUGGGAGCCAAUGCGCAGACACUGACGCUUCUAGCCACCGUUUGUCUAGAAGAUCCCGUUGCGCAGGAGAAAGCAAAGACGCUGCUGGACAAAGCGUUGACGCAGAGGCCCGACUACAUUAAAGCCGUGGUAAAGAAAGCCGAGCUCCUCAGCCGGGAACAGAAAUACGAAGAUGGAAUUGCUUUGCUAAGGAAUGCCCUGGCCAAUCAGAGUGACUGCAUCCUGCAUCGGAUGUUAGGGGAUUUCCUGGUAGCUGUUAAUGAGUAUCAAGAAGCCAUGGACCAGUACAGUAUCGCUCUAAGCCUGGAUCCCAACGAUCAGAAGUCUCUGGAGGGGAUGCAGAAGAUGGAGAAAGAAGAAAGCCCCACAGAUGCUACCCAGGAGGAGGACGUGGACGACAUGGAAGGGAGCGGGGAAGAAGGCGACUUGGAAGGCAGCGACAGCGAAGCCGCCCAGUGGGCCGACCAAGAGCAGUGGUUUGGCAUGCAGUGACUCCCCCCCCACCCCCCAAGGCCUGCUUCUCCCUGGACCGAGGAGGGCCGAGGGGCCAUAAAAACUGGACGGUGGCAUGCCUCGAAGCUGCCACGGAGGUUCAAAAGCUCACGUUCUUGGUUGAUGCUUCUUUAAUACAAAUGCCGAGUGACUGCAGGGGCUUGUGCCGGGGAGGCGUUGGUAUCAAACCGCGACUUGCCUCCUUUAUGUCUAAAAUUAGAAGCGUUGAAAGAGCGUGAACCGUUUCCCUCGUUAAUGACUCAACCGACCCCGGAAUCGUGUUACAAACUAAUUACUCUCGAUUCCCUUUGGUGGCUAAACGCAGGCUCCUUUGUAUCCUUUCCGUAAAAGAGGCUUUGCGCACAAAGCCCACACGGCGGGUCGAGAGGCGGGAACUCCUCCGGAAAGCUGUGGGAGUCUCUCACAAGGGCAGCCUGCCCGCCCCCCCCCUUCCCGGUCUCUCCUUCUCUAGAUGGCACGCUAUAAAAACAGGAGACCACCUUGUGCCUCUAAUUGAUGAGCCGAUCGAUUCACAUAUGGCGACACGGGAGAGAAUUACAGGCAUUUCCACAUUCCGUGCCGGUGGGUUGCCGCUCCUAUAAACCUUUACGGGGUGUCGAAAACAUAAGAGGGGACAAUGGAAAAGGUCAUACCGAGAAGAGGCAAUUGAAGGCACUUAGGGCUAUUUGUACCGAAGAAUGCAAAUUCUCAACCUGAAAGCUCCCUCACCUUUGUAUAUAACUAUUAAAAAGAGCCUUGCAAA